GCGGCAACACACCACUUUGUUUCUGUCUCACUUGUGGGGAGAACACAAAGCUCUUGUAGGCGCACAGUCUCGCUUAAAAGAUUAGCUCCUAAAAGGCCCGAGAUGGGCUUUGGGGAGGACUUGCGCUGCCCUCGGGCUCACGUGGCUGUGCUGAGGCUGCUGGACUCCGAGCUUCACGUGAUGGAGGUCAUGAAAAAGUGGAUGGGCCAGAGGGUGAAGAGUGAGAGGGAGUUUGCAGUUCAGCUGCACCACAUGGCCCUCAUGGUGGACAAGCAGGAGCGGCCUCAGCCCGGAGCUGGAAAGGACCACAUCAGCCAGAUCAACGAGUCCUGGGGGGCUCUGGUGUCUCAGACAGACCUGCUGAGCCAGCUGAUGAGGAGGUGUUCUGAAGAGCUGCUGAGCGGACCCGUCAGCAAACUGACGCUGCUCAUCCGAGACAAACAGCAGCUCCGCAAAUCCUACGCGGAGCAGUGGAGUCUCCUGAGGCAGGAGCUCAGCAAGGUGACCGAGACAGAUCUGGAGAAGCUGAAGAGCAGCUACAGGCAGGCGGUGAGAGACGCAGCUCAGGCAAAGAGGAAGUUCCAGGAAGCCAGUAAAGAUAAGGAGCGUGACAGGGCCAAAGAGUGUUGCGUCAAGGCCACAAUGAAACUCCACGAGGUGCACAAUGACUACGUGCUGUCUGUUCGUGCCGCUCAAGUGUACCAGCGGCAGCACCACACGCACAUCCAGCCUGCCAUGCUCGACGCCCUGCAGGCUCUGCAGCAAGAGAUGGUGAUAAUCAUAAAGGAGAUCCUGCAGGAGUAUUUUGACAUUUCCUCCUUCCUUCAUCAAGAAGUGGUUCACAUCCACCUGGAGAUGUCCACCGCUAUUGCAUCCAUCGAUCCUCUCACAGAGUACGAGAGCUUCAUCCAACAGAACAGGUCUGUGGGGGACAUUCCUGUUAGUGCAGAAUUCGAUUGCAGCCUUUUAGAGAACACAGAGAACUUAAAGCCUCAAGAAGUCCAGCUCAAUGACUUAACACUGGAAACCUUCCAGCACAAGCUGACUGCAGUCGAGAUGGAGCUGCUGGACUUGACCCGGUCUCUGAGCUCCCAGCAGGUUUCUGUAGAACAGCUGGAGCUGGAGUUGGUGGCGGAUGGAGGAGCGGUCAGGAAGGGCCAGAGGAUCUACCAGCUGAGCAAGCGGCAUGCUCUGGAGGAGUGUCGGCAGCAGGUAGCUGUGUCUCAAGGCAGGAGGGCCAAACUGGAGGUCCAGAGGUUGAUUCUGAAGACAAAGUUGGAGCAGCUGGGCUCCCGAGAACCUCCUCCUGCGCUGCAGCUGGACAAAGACUCGCUUUCACUUUCGUCCAACGCAAGCAACGAAGACAACCAGUCACUAUUCAAGCUACUCAGGAACGGCAUCAUGAAGAAUUUGUCUCGAGCCAGAAGUGAUCUACAGGAGGAGGAUCGUCCUCUGGCGCAGCAAGACUGGUACCACGGAGUUGUUCCCAGGAUGGAGGUUCAACAGCUGCUGCAGUGUGAUGGAGAUUUCCUGGUGAGAAAGAGUCAAGAAAAACAGGGGUUUGUGCUCUCUGUCCACUGGGAUGGCUCCUGCAAGCAUUUCCUCAUUCAGAACACAAACAAUGAGUACCGCCUGGAUGGGGAGAGCUUCUGCAGCAUCCCGCACCUGAUCCGUCAUAUGCUCUCGUCCCGACAGCACAUCACCCGCAAGUGUAAUAUACAGCUGAGGAAACCUGUGCUCAAGGACAAAUGGGUCCUGGAACACGAUGGCAUUAAAUUAGGAAGCCUCAUCGGGCGGGGUAAUUUUGGGGAGGUGUACAGUGGGACUCUGUGCAGUGAUAACACCCCUGUGGCAGUGAAGGCUUGUAAGGAGAACCUGGCACCAGAACACAGGAAUAAGUUCCUGAUGGAGGCCAGGAUCCUGAAACAGUACGAUCAUCCCAACAUUGUCAAGCUGAUUGGCAUCUGCACUCAGAAACAGCCCAUCUACAUCAUAAUGGAGCUGGUUAAAGGUGGAGAUUUCCUCUCCUUCUUGCGUCAGGACGGUCCGAGUCUGACCCCUAAGAUGUUGGUCAGAAUGACAGAAGGUGUUGCAGCCGGCAUGGAGUACCUAGAGACAAGGAAGUGCAUUCACAGAGAUUUGGCAGCAAGAAACUGUCUGGUGGCGGAGCAGCACAUCGUCAAGAUCAGCGAUUUUGGGAUGUCGCGGCAGCAGGACGAUGGAGUCUACUCAGCGGAGGGCGGCCUCAGACAGGUUCCCAUCAAAUGGACAGCUCCCGAAGCGCUCAACUACGGUCGUUAUACCACAGAGAGUGACGUGUGGAGCUUUGGUGUGCUGCUGUGGGAGGUCUUCUCCAUGGGAAUGAUCCCUUACACCAGUAUGAGCAACCAACAGGUCAGAGAAGAAGUAGAUAAAGGCUAUCGUAUGCCGGCUCCCAGGGACUGCCCACCGGAAGUGUCCACGCUUAUGAGCAACUGCUGGCAGCAUGAACCUCAAAAUAGACCAUCUUUUCAAAAACUGAGGGCAGAUCUAAUUGACAUCUGGAAGAAUAAGACAUAAUACUAACCCAUUAUUUGCCUCUGUGCCUGAAUAAAAAAUAUAUUAAUAAAAAAAUAACAGUAUCAGCCCUGACACCACAUCUCAAAAAUAAUGCUGAACAAAACUAAAUAGUACUUUAAAACAUCAUGAACAUUUUCUAAUACACUUACAAUGUAGAACCACUAGAUCAGAUGAUGACAUUAUUUUUUCUUUCUUUCUUUGACUAAAAUAACCCUCUCACAAAAGGCAACCAAGAAUAAAAUAGACAAAUAAAACUAGUUAAAAGUCUACACUAAACUUGCAGUUAAAAACAACAACAACAAAAUGUACUAAAAAUGUGACUGUGUGAACUUAACCAACUCGCCACCAAUUAAAAUUUUAAAUGGAAAAAAAACAAAAAAAAAACAUGAAUAGGGCCUGAAAAAAAUCGUUUUUUUUUGCUUUAUCCACGAAAAUGGCUGAAUGCAGAAGCUGUUUGCUGACCAGACUUAUUGAUAAAGUGUGUGUGUGUGUGUGUGUGUGUGUGUGUGUGUGUGUGUGUGAGAGAUGUUGCCAUAUGCACAGCCAAAACAACAGCAAAAACAUCUGCAACGGACCACAAGGUGUUUUGUCAAGUUAGAAGUGGACUGAAAUUUGUCCACGUUUGGGCAGUGACAAAAUUGCGCUGCAUGUUAAAUCUGUUGUUUUUUUGUAGCCUGUGAUGUAAACACGAGUCUCGCGUGGCUGUCACGACUCACUUUGAUUGGCCCGCGAAGCCCAAUAGAAGACUGUGUGCGGACGUGAUGACGUUUGAUUGGUGAACUUGAGUCAAACAUCACUGUGGUAAUCACGGUGAAUUGGAGCAACGGUGCCCGAUGCGGAAGUCAAAAACGAAAGUCUGAAAAUAGAUCGCGCACGCAAUCAUUGAUAAUGUAGACCAUUGUAACGGAGUAAAAGUAUCGUUUCUUCUUAACAAAUAGUCAAGUAGAAGUAAAAAGUAUGCUUCCUUAAAAUUACUCUGAUAAGUACACUGACACCUAUCCAAAAUGCUAUCUGAGUAAAUGUAAGAGAGUAAAUUUAGACACCUCUGUAUAUAACUAUGUGUAGCAUCAAAGAAAAGACGGAAGCAUUUCACAUAUUUGAGGAUGAAGACCAUUAUUAUUAAAUCCAGAAACAGAGUUACCUUUAUCUUUCAAUACAUCAACUCCAAACCUCUGUGAAGGUUGUUGUAAACACAACAACAUAGCAGUUCACAAUGUAGCAAUUAUAGGUCAAAUAAGAAUUGUAAUUAAUUUAGGAUAAAGCAAUAAGCCGGGAGCGACGUUUCCGUUACUUCCGAUUUAUCGUAAUCCAUCCAUCCAUCCAUUUUCUACCGCUUAUCCGGGUCGGGUCGCGGGGGCAGUAGCUUUAGCAGGGACGCCCAGACUUCCCUCUCCCCAGCCAC